UUCGUUGUUUAUUGAUCUUAUUUCAGGAUAAUAGGUUUUCCCCUUUUUUCUGGCAACAAAACAGGCGUUGAGAUGUUAAAACACCAAACUGAAACUUUAAUUCUAGAUUUGAAGCUUUCGUGACUGCAAGGAUUCAUAUUCUUAGGUUUCUUCGGUAAAGUCACGUGACUUUACCGAAAAAACCUAAGAAUACCAAACUGAAACCUUUUACAAGGAAUCAAGUCUGCAUUAACCACAAUACUUGUGGUCAGAAUGCAAACAAAAAACAUACUCCCAUAAUAUAUGCAUUGUCUUUGAAACUGAUUGGUCCACGCCACGCCUGAGGACGCCUUUUGGCGUCCUCAGGUGUGGCCCUAAGGGCCCGCAAUAUUCUAGUUAAAUUAAUGCAAUGCUUCACAUUUUCAAGCGUCUUGUCAGUACACUGAUAGUUGUAAGUGUCUCGCAGCUAGAACACGUUUUCGCAUUCAUAAUUAAUUUCUCCAAAGUGAAAAAAACCCGUUAAACGUGUAACCUGUGUGGUUAUGUACUUGUCAAAUGGUGAAUAUUUUCGCGCUUCAGUAUUAUAAGGAGAACCUUAUUAUUUUUUCUAUUGAACAUAUUUUUGACAAAGUGCUAAAUUGAUGACCCGGUGCGAUGGAGGAGAGACUUCACUCUAGAUUUGAAGUUUUCGUGACUGCAGGGAUCCAUACGUAAAGUCACGUAGGUAUAAAAUAAAUUAAAUUAAAUCACGACGUUUCAGGCGCAACACAAGUGUCCGUCAUCAGGUGGGACAACCACAGCAAGAAACAAUUGCUGAAGGGUGCAAAAGGGCUGAUCACUGAUCGAUUCGAUUCCGUGUGAUCGAUUCUGUGUGAUCGAUUCCGUGUGAACGAGUCGGCGUGUUACGGCACCGAUUUCAAUUUCGGCUCGGCGUGGCACAGAUGGUCCCACGUACUCGUGUGCUGGAGAGGCUGAUUCACUACAAACAACGGAGUCUCCUGGAUUUCUUGUGUCCAAGCGUGGAGAGCAACAAGAUCACACCGGAGAAUUAUAGUUUUUUGUUUGUUAAUUAUUGUUGAAUACCACCCACAACUGUGCCCAAGAAGACGAUCACGGCCAGGAAGGACCGAGGCACAGUGAGCGCAGGACACAAAUACAACACAGCACACUGCUGUACUUGUAUCAAGAUGCAUUCCAGGUUGCACACCUCAUCACGACUGUCACAGUCCAGAUUACCUGCUGUAGAAACCGCACGUGGAACAUUUUCUGUUUUUACACAAUAAAUUAAUUAGGAGUUUAAUUUGUAACGUCGUGUAAACAAACGAAAUAGAAAUUCACAAAAUAAUACACUGCACGCUACAGCAAUUCAGCAUGAGUUAUGCCGUUUUUGAAAUUAAACGGGCGGUGAUGGAGGAUGUCGAGGAAAUUUGGCGGAUGUGCAUGGAGCUGGCUACGUAUGAGAGUCGCCAACACGAGACAACAAUUUCUGAAGAAGACCUACGGAGGAACGGCUUUGGAGAGAAUCCCAUCUUUCAAUGUGUGGUGGUGAAGAUGGCUCCCAAGCACGGGUCUAGUGGCAAACCAGCGACAGUGGGCUACAGUCUGUAUUUCUACUCCUAUGACACCAUCAAUGGGCGAUCGAUCACGAUGGACAGCAUCUAUGUUAUGCCAGAGUUUAGGAACAAUGGAAUUGGCAAGGCGCUGCUUAAAAGGGUGGCUGAGACUGCUGCACAGAACAACUGCUCCUCAGUGUGUUUCUACGUUUACAACCGGAACAAGUCUGCUAUGGCGUUUUACCAGAGCAUUGGCGCCCAGGAUGUAACGAUCUCCCAGAAGAUUAAUUGCUACGUCUUAGAUGGUGGUGCGAUGGAGGCGCUCAUAAAGAGCCCACGUGGGUCUGGUUCAAGCUCACAAGCAAGCCCUGUGUUCAUGACUCCAGCAGUUGAUGAACACCCUAUCCUGUUAUGUGGACCAAGCCCAUGUUGAGAAUGUGCCGCUGCUAUCUGGGAAGGAGCUUCUGUGCAGCUACUCGGAAGAAGGCACCAUCAGCUCGUCUCACCACCGCGAUGAGUCUUACUUGUUUUGCCAGUUAAUGCUGUCUGUGAUUAAGUUUUUCAAUCUGUUUUA